UAGAAAAUCCACAAAGUUUCAUUAUUCCACUUUUUCCGACAUUUAUGAUUUAUUGAGGACGGCUGUCCUGAACGUCCUGCCGCCUCCCUCUUCUCUCUGUCUGUCUGUCUGUCACCGUGAAGGAGUCAGUGUGGCAGGCAGGGACGGUCCAGACGCUCAUAUAGACAAAGCCAGCACGUUUCACUCGGUCUGCAGCAGCCGAGCAAGCGCUCCAGCACCACCUCCAGCAUCACCACCACCAUCACCAGCAGCAUCAUCAUCAGCAGAUCGGGGAGUUUUUUUGGGGGGUGCACAGCUGGAGGACCGAAGACGCAUGUGAACAGCGGACAGGCUCGACAACAGUCGACAGGUUAUAUGACUCACUGGCUGGUUUCCGGUCUCCGUUUGCGCCGUCCGUGGCUCCGUUGGCACAUGCGAGGCAUUUGAAUGCGCGGAGGUGACGCCUGGAGCGCUGUUCGAGGUGCUGAAAAGCCGCCCGACAGACCGGUCGCUGUCCCCUUUACCUUUUCCUCCCCCGCGUCUCCACCUCCACCACCCCAGUCGAGACGAUACGCAUGAACUGACGAGAACGCCGAGCGGCGCCACAACGGCACACCGGCGUUUAUAACGCAGCGUCCUCGGCUGUAAAUGGGACCACACGUCGUGCAAGCGUUAGAAAGAUGGAGAGAUUUGUCCCCCUGCUCGUCCUCAGCUGUCUCUGCGUCCCUCGAGUCACAGCGGAUAGCUUGUCGCCUCCUGUCAAUGUGACCAUCAAAGCGGUGAAAGCAAACUCUGCUGUGGUGACAUGGGACAUCCCCGAGGGAGACCCCGUUAUUGGCUUUGCCAUUACACAGCAGAAGAAAGAUGUGCGCAUGCUGCGAUUCAUCCAGGAAGUCAACACCACCACGCGCUCCUGUGCAUUAUGGGACUUGGAGGAAGAGACAGACUACAUCGUGCAUGUCCAGUCCAUCAGCAUGUCUGGGACGAGCCCGCUGAGCGAACCCCUGCGCUUCCGAACGCCGAAGGAGGCCGAGACUCAGGCCUCUAAGAGUAAAGACGAAGUUACGAUGGAAGAAGUGGGCCAGACCACCCAGCUGAGGGCGGGGGAGCUCAUCAUCAUCGUGGUGGUGCUCAUCAUGUGGGCAGGUGUGAUCGCUCUCUUCUGUCGCCAGUACGACAUAAUCAAAGACAACGAGCCCAACAACAACAAGGACAAAGCCAAAAACUCCUCCGAGUGCAGCACUCCUGAGCAUCCGACGGGGGGGCUGUUGCGCAGUAAGUUCCCCAAGAACAACAACAACAACAACAGGAUGCCAUCCGUCAACAUCAUUGAGGUGUGACUGCCAGGACGCCUUCUCUUUACCCCAAAAGUCCUUGUGUAAUCACGAACAAGCGGUUCCCCCUUUUAAAGUCCAUCUGCUUGUCAGGAUGAGGCCGGGACUUGUGGGCCCUCUCGGCGACCGCUUGCUCAGCUUUGGCAUGGGGCCUGAGGCUGCAUGACCCCGGAGGGUCAGGCAACGGCCCGGCCGGAGCCGCCCUGAGAGUGGAGUCCGCGGCGUAGAGUUCAGAGGCCAUGCCAUGCUAAAUAACUGCUGUACCAUGAGGGGGGCAGCAGAGAUUAGGCUCCGGCAGUGGAGAGACUGCAGAUAAAC